AUCAAACAGUAAAUCCCGCCCAGGAAGCAGAGUAUUAGCGGAUUCAAAAAUAAAAUUGAAAAUUUCCCAAAACUGAUUAAACAGAAGAACAAAAAAAUGGAGAAGAUCUGUGUAGCAGUUAGAGUGAGACCAGCAGCAGCAGAAGAAGAGAUAAGUAGUGGAACAUACUGGAAAGUUGAAGAUAACAAUCACAUCUCUCUUCGCAAGUCCGAUUCUACGCCUAUCUCCGGCGUCUCUUACGCUUUUGAUCACGUGUUCGAUGAAAGUUCCACAAAUGCUCAAGUUUAUGAGCUUCUUACUAAGGACAUCAUCCAUGCUGCUGUCGACGGUUUUAAUGGAACUGUAUUUGCUUACGGACAGACAAGUAGUGGGAAAACUUUUACCAUGAAUGGCUCUGAAAAUGAUCAUGGAAUUAUCCACCGUGCUGUUCAAGAUAUUUUUAACAGACUUGAUAUGAUGUCUGACAGGGAGUUUCUGAUUAGAGUUUCUUACAUGGAGAUUUACAAUGAAGAAAUUAAUGACCUUUUUGCUGUUGAGAAUCAGAAAUUGCAAAUUCAUGAGAGUUUGGAGCGUGGUAUAUUCGUUGCAGGACUCAGGGAGGAAAUCGUGAAUAAUGCUGAACAAGUCCUUAAUCUCAUGGCAUCUGGAGAAGUUAAUAGGCAUUUUGGGGAGACAAAUAUGAAUGCUCGCAGCAGUAGAUCUCACACAAUAUUCAGAAUGGUUAUUGAAAGCAAAGGGAAGGACACUAGUUGUUUUACUGAUUAUGCAAGCUGUGAUGCCAUCCGUGUCUCUGUCUUGAACUUGGUAGAUUUAGCUGGUUCAGAAAGGAUUGCUAAAACUGGAGCUGGAGGAGUACGUUUGAAAGAAGGAAAGCACAUUAAUAAGAGUUUGAUGACUCUUGGUAAUGUGAUAAACAAAUUAAGUGAAGGCUCAAAGCAGAGGGCGCAUAUUCCUUAUCGUGAUAGUAAGCUAACUCGUAUACUUCAACCUGCUCUUGGUGGUAAUGCAAAAACUUCAAUUAUAUGUACAGUAGCCCCAGAAGAGGUUCACAUUGAGGAGACAAAAGGAACUCUCCAGUUUGCCAGCAGAGCCAAGCGCAUCACAAAUUGUGCCCAAGUGAAUGAGAUUUUGACUGAUGCAGCCUUACUGAAGCGGCAGAAGCUAGAGAUAGAAGAGCUACGCAGAAAACUUCAGGGAUCUCGAGCUGAAGUACUGGAGCACGAAAUCUUAAAUUUGAGAAACGACAUGCUGAAGUAUGAAUUAGAAAGGGAAAAGCUAGAAAUGCAAUUGGAGGAGGAGAGGAAAUCACACAAGGAGCGAGAUCAAUGCAUCAUGGAGCAGCGGAUGAAAAUAGAGAAUCUCAGCAGUCUCGUUACAUUGCCCGAGUUUGACAACUCUGCCGGUCAGGGACGUAAUUCUGGAAGACAAAGUAGCAUGGAGGAAUUUAACGACAGCAAUAGUAGAAACGAAGGAGACAUUUUUAGUACUCCUUGUUUGAAGGCAGCUCCAAAUGCUUUUGUUGCCAGGCGAUCCAACUACUCCAGGCUUCCUGAUUUUAGUCCUCUUCCAGAUACUCUUAGCAAUGUUGCUGAUGAAGACACAUGGAUGAAAAUGAACAAAGGUUACAUAGCAGACCUUGAUUUAAUUCAAAUGACUCCUUCAAGAAAAGUUCAAUCCUUCCCAGCAAUUGAUACAACUCCUGGAAUUCCAAGCAGUAAGGAAGUUGAGAAUCUCAAGAGACAACUAGAACUCCUCACCGAAGAGAAAAAUGAACUUCAGAAGAAGCACUCAGAACAAUUGUCAUUGAAUGAUCAUAUGCGAGAGGAGAUUUCAGAACUAAAACGCCAAGCUUUGGAAAUUAGAGAAGUUCCUCAAACACUUUGCAAAUCGGUCACUAGUUGCAAAGAGAUUUAUGAGAACAUUUUGCUAACAUUGCAGAAUUUUGUACCUAACGGGGAAUCUAGCACUGCAAGAUUGCUAUCCGGCACACGAGACAUCGGCAUUUGCCUUUUCUCAAAUCUGGAAUCUCAUCUUUUAAUAGCAAAGGACGACUUUAAAUCUUUGCCUAAUGAUUCCGCAGUCCAAGAGCAGUGCAAUGUUCAUUCUGAGAGGUUAGAAGACACAAUUAAAUCUAUGGUAGCAUUAGAGAAACUAGCCGUUGGGAGCAAAGAAGCAAAGAACACAACAUGCAGAUGCGACUAUAAGGAGUCCACUCUGGAUGAGGAAACUGCUUCUGCAAAGGAGAAACUAAGCUAUGAAGUUGAGGGUAUCAUGGAAAAAUACUAUGAUUUGGAGAAGAAGUUAAAUUUGAAUAACCAACUUCUGGAGGAUUCCAUAGAAAAAUACAGUAGCUUGGAAACCAAGUUUCAGGUUUUAAAGGAAGAAAAUAAUUCCCUGCUAGAUCAAGUCUCAGAAUCAUCUCAAAAGCUAGCAGUGGCUACUGCUCAAAAGCAAAAGGUUUUGAAAGAUCUUGACAAUGAAGCGCGGAGAAGGAACGAUCUUCAAAGAGAAGUAAAACUAUUCAGUGUUGCAUUUUCUGGUAGGCAGAAAUCUUUUAUGUCCUUUCAAAGUGAAUUUAAAUCAAAAAUUGAGAAACUGAAAGCUCUACACCCAGUUUCAGUAUCGAAACCGCUUGGGUGUUGAAGUGGAAGGCCUCGUGCAUCUAUAAUAGUUGCUUUCCUCAUGUUUUCUAAUACUUAUUCUUUAUUAAUGUUUAUUGAAUCUUACAAUGUAAUAGUAGGCUCUGAUGAUCCAACUUUGUUGGACUUUAAGAUCUUAGAAGAGGAUUAAUUUCCAAUAGCAUUGGAAUAUGUAUGUAAUUGAUGCAGAUGGAAAUUUUAUGGUACUAAAUGUUAAGAUAA